GCCCUUCUACUCCUUCCGACGACUUAGUGUAUUUUUCCCUAUGAGAACUCCGGGAUUGCAUACCCAGCUCUAACUUAAUAACUUUUUUUUGCCUAAUCGGCGUGAUGCCUGUCUCCCGAGAACAGGCAGAGAAGUGGGAGAGCGAAGCAUCCGCGGUAGCAGCGCAUGUGUCAUACUUCGCGGAGGAACGAACUAGACCAUGGGAAUUCCGUCUGAAAGAGUACUGGACACGCCAACAAAAAGAAUCAACACCCUGGGAAGAAUGUGUUCGUCGCUGCAUGAGACAGUCCCUUAAUACUCGUAUCGGCAAGGAGUUUCACGGCUUCAUGGAUCUUCCUCAAGAGAUCCGCAACAUGAUCUAUAGAUACCUCCUUGUGAAAGGAUCCGUAUUCCCACCAAACUAUGGUUGUUCAGAUGUGGUCGGAAAACGGAUACUCACGUACAACAACAAGGGAACCCAUGAUGCUUCUGGAGAUACUUACUUGCGCUAUGAAGGCCUGGGCCAACACCGGCUAAGUCGUCACAAAGACCCUGGCCAGUCUAUUGGUUUAUUAUUGGGCGUCAGCAAAGCCAUUCAAUAUGAAGCGGCAUGUGUAUACUUCCGUUUUAAUCGUUUCGUCUUUCCAUGUGGGGAAUGCGAUUCCCAACUGUUCAGGUGCGUGUAUGGCAUAGGAGGCGAAUAUGAGUCUAUAUAUAGGUGUAUGCGCGAUGUUAGUUACACCUUCGAUAUGCGGGAUGUAUCGACCAGCAGUUCCCUAAUGUUCAACGCAAGGUACGACCAACCGAUGAGACCGGGCGAGGACGACGACUAGACACUGGCUCGGUCGACGAAGAGGAAUUUCUAAAGGAGAUGCAUAGAGAAUUAAGGGUGAAGUUAGUAAUGAAGUGGGAUAGUCGCGUACGCAGUAUCCCAUUCUCAUACUUUAAGCGACUUCAAUUAUGUUUUGAGGAGUGUUAUUGCGCGAUGGGGUGUUGUCGAUUAGUUGAUGAGGUACUCGAAUUAUUUGAGGAAUUCAUGUAUGUGGACCCGGAACGAUACGAAUCAGCUCCGGGUAUGAUUGAGGUUACGGGGUGGAAUAACGAGCAGGAGAAAGAUGAAAUUCAUUCUUCCCUGAUGUGCCUAGAGGGUGAACGUUCGAUCGACAUACGAUUUAUUGGGAAGUCGAAAAAGGAGAUCAGAAUGGAAUGUCGGGCGGCUGGACGACAUCCGUAGCUGUAUAAUCAUCAUGGAGAGCCGGGACUAUUCGCGGACGGAAUGCUUUGCGUUGGGCUUAACGGCGAUACUUUUGAGGAUGGUAAGGUUGAUGGAUUUCUAUCCUGGCGUGGUUUGAUGGGAGAGGUGUGGUGUCUACCCGCGUACGCACUUAGCAGCAAAAUAGGCAGGAGAUAAUUACAUGACUUCUAGGUACAUAUGUACCGGAGGCUGUAUCGACACGUUUCAUUGGGUUUAUAAAUUAUGUCAGUAUCUAUGUCCCUUCGCUGACUAGAU